CGAUCUGUCAGUCCAACUCAGACACCCCUUUCACUGUACGACUCAAACACCAACUUCUCGCUAUGUGUCUCUCAGACAUUUUUCUAGUCCUCCACUCCUCCCACGAGCUUUCUUAGUAAGAGAGAAACAGAGAGAGAGAGAGAGAUUUCCAUGAAAGAGGAGGGGAAGAUGGCCUUGAAUUCUAGACUGAAAUGGGUUGGUCUGGUUGGGCUUGUGCUAUCUGCUAUUUCUCUCUUCAUUCACCUUUUGCUUGCUAGAUUCACUGAGGACGGCUAUACAGAGUACCAGUCUUCAAUCAUAGUCUUCUCCUGGCGACCUAUCUUUGGAAAUGCAAAUUUUCCCAGAACUAGUCCAACGUAUAGACGACUGUGGGGUCCAGUAAGGCGUUUUGAAUCUUUGCAUCCUGAUGCAAAUUCCAGAGGAUCCUAUGCUGAUCCCAGUUCAAAAACAAAUGGGUUUAUAUUUGUUAGAAUACAAGGUGGUUUCCAUGAGAUCCGGAAUUCGAUUUGUGAUGUGGUUGUGGUUUCUCGGCUUCUUAAUGCUACCUUAGUAAUUCCUGAGAUCCAGUCAACUACAAGCAGCAAGGGGAUAAGUUCUGAGUUCAAGAGUUUUGCAUACCUGUACAAUGAGGACCAGUUCAUGGCAGCAUUAGCAAAAGAUGUCAAUAUUGUGAAGACCCUUCCAAAAAAUCUCAAAUGGGCAAGGAGAAAGAAAGAAAUUCCAAGUUUCAAAGUGCGUUACUCAGCUUCUCCAUAUUAUUAUCUGAACCAAGUUCUCUUAGUAUUGAAGAAGCAUUCAGUGGUUGAACUAGUUGUGUCUGAAGGUGGAUGCUUGCAGGCGAUCCUUCCUCCCGUACUUGAACAAGUUGAAGAGCUACAAAGGCUGAGAUGUAGGGUUGCUUUCCAUGCUCUCCGGUUCCGACAGGAGAUCCAGGAACUUGCCACCCAAAUUUUAUUCAGGUUACGGACUCCUGGACGGCCAUUUAUAGCUUAUGACCCUGGGAUGACCAGAGAAGCUUUAGCAUAUCAUGGUUGUGCUGAACUCUUCCAGGAUGUUCAUACGGAGCUCAUCCAGCACAAAAGGUCUUGGAUGAAAAAACGUGGGAUUGUCAAGGGGACGCUUUCAGUGAAUUCGGCUAAGCAACGCCUUACUGGUUCUUGUCCAUUAAUGCCAGAAGAGGUUGGUAUUCUUCUUCGUGCGUAUGGAUACUCAGGGGAUGCAAUAAUAUAUGUGUCUGGCGGUGAAGUCUUUGGUGGCCAAAGGACGUUGAUUCCUCUUCAUGCUAUGUUUGAAAACGUUGUUGAUAGGACUUCCCUUAGCACCCCCUGGGAGCUCAGUAGUCUUUACGGUCGUGAGGCUAGCAGUUAUCCUAGAACUCCACCUUCAAUUGAGAAAGAGAUGAAGCAUGAAGCUUGGAAAACUGCAGGGCCACGUCCUCGCCCGCUUCCACCGCCUCCAGCACGGCCAAAAUCAUAUAACAUUGAGGGUUGGUGGGGUUGGGUGGCUGAGAGUGACAAUGAGCCUGAGAGUACAGUGAUGGAGUUGCGUACCAAUGCCCAUAAAUUGCUAUGGGAAGCAAUCGACUAUGUGAUAUGUGUUGAAGCUGAUGUUUUCAUCACUGGAUUUGAUCGUGAUGGCAAGGGACAUCCAAAUUUUGCCAGCUUAGUAAUGGGGCACAGACUCUACCAGUCAGCGGCAAUGAAAACAUUUAGGCCGGACAGAAAAGAAGUUGUCAAGCUUUUAGAUGAAAUCGGUGACCAUCUAUAUCAUGCCAACCAUACUUGGCUAACAUCAGUACGCAAGCAUAUGAGAAAGACAUUGCUGGAUGGACUGAUAGAAGCAUCCACGAAAUCAAAACCAAAAUCUUUUCUCUCUCAUCCAGUCCCCGAAUGUUCUUGCCUGAUGCAUGACUCUACUGAAACAUCAGUUCAUGCUUCAAGUCCUUCAACUCAGUCACAAGUUCAGGCUGCUCUUGGAGUUUCGCAUCAAUGCCCUGCUUGGAUGGACGGUGAUUUGAUAAUGCGGUCAAAAGACAAGGAUAAUGAAGAGGAUCUUGAUGAAGAUGAUUCCACAUCAUCUGGAUUGUUUUUUCGACCUAGUGGUGAAAAUCAUGAAAAUGGAGGUGGGGAGUCAAACAACAAAGAAGAAGCUCAGCUGGAUGAUCAAGAGGAGCUAGAUGGUGGAGAAAGAUGAUAGUCUUCUCUUUGCAUGCCCAUGACUUUUAUCCUCAUCUGCAUUUGUACACAAGUGACAAUUUCCUUUGCCUUUUUCAAGAGAGGUUGGAAUUUAUUCUUGGCUUCAGGUCCACAAGACAAGCAAGCUCUAACUGGGGUACAAGAAGUCGGUGCCUUUGGGCACUUCUAAUUCAGCUCAUGUCAGUUCAGACGUAUGUGCCCUUUUAAGAAGUAUUGGAUAUAGUUUAGCUCAAUCCCCUUCUGAGGAAUAACGUCUUACUUUUUUCAAUUAGGCACAACCACACAACAACUUUAGAAUUAACUUAGUAUGUCUUCAUUGGAAAUCUCAAAAUCCAAUUGGUCUGUCGUAGGACUCUCUUGUAUUCCUAGUUGUGGCUCUGCCUCAAAUUGAUGUAUCAUGAUCAAGAGCAGAACAAGAUAGAUGUUUGUGUUUGACCCAAAUGAUCAAAUAUAUAUACAUAAUAUAUUUUUUCUUUCCAUU